AAAAGCUGCUGCUUAGUGCAGUCAUUUUUAGAUUUAACACUGGAUAAGCAUCAAGCCACAACCAGCAGCAAUGGAGCCCAACACCAUUAGAGAGGGAUACCUGGUGAAAAAGGGCACUGUGUUGAAUUCAUGGAAGGUGGUGUGGGUGGUGUUAGCAGACGAUGGAAUAGAGUUUUACAAAAAGAAGACAGACAGCAGUCCAAAGGGAAUGAUUCCAUUAAAAGAUGCUGUAUUGACCAAUUCAUGCCAAGACUUCAGCAAAAGAACGUUAGUGUUCAAGGUGAGCUUAGUCAAAAAGAAGCAGGACCAUUACUUUCAAGCAACUCACCUGGAGGAGAGGGAGGCAUGGCUCAAAGACAUCAAGAGAGCUAUUACAUGUCUGCAGGGAGGCAAGAAAUUUGCCAGGAAGUCUACAAGGAGGUCUAUACGGCUGCCUGAGAAGGUUAAUCUAAGUGAGCUGUAUGUUUUGAUGAAGGACCAAGACACAGGGGUUAAAGAGAUGAAGUUGGAAAAGGAGAAGAAGCUCUACAGCCACUGCUUUACUGGUGACACAGUGAUUGACUGGCUUAUUUCUCAGGGGAAGGUAAAGAACCGGCAAGAGGGUAUAAUACUGGCCUCAGGGCUACUGAGUGAGGGAUUUUUGCAACCCGCUGGAGACUUAUCAAAAAAUGCCUCAGAGGGAAUUGCAGAAUCGACUUUCCUGGACCAGCCAGAUGCUCUUUACUACUUUGCUGAUAGUGGCUUCUUCUGUGAAGGCUAUUCCAGUGACGAGGAUGUGGUCAUGAAGGAAGAGUUUAGAGGAGCCAUAGUGCGACAGGGCUGUCUGGUAAAACAAGGCCACAGGCGAAAAAACUGGAAGGUGAGGAAAUUCAUCCUGAGGGAUAAUCCUGCAUAUCUCCACUAUUAUGAUCCAACUAGGGGUGAGGAGGAUCCUCUUGGCUCAAUUCACUUGCGUGGAUCUGUUGUGACAGCAGUGGAUUAUGUACCUGAUGCUAAGAAGAACGAAGUGAAUGGAAAUCUUUUUGAGAUCAUCACUUCAGAUGAGACACACUACUACAUGCAGGCAGCUACAGAUGAGGAACGUAAUGACUGGAUCAAAGCCAUUCAAGCAGUGGCAAAGUCUGGAAAAUGAAUGCUUUAACAUUACUGGAAAGACAAAGACAACCCUGAUGAAAUAUUUUGCUUUUAUAGUUAUUUUUUCACUGUUGACAAGAAUAUUUAAUUGUUUUGAAACAAUAAGGAUAUGAGGCUUCAGAAUGUUUGAACUUAAUGUAUUUUAUCCAUACUACAGUGCUUUGAAAAAUUAUUUCUCAUUCUGUAUUUGCAUGUUACAUUGAAAUAUUUUAGAACAUAAAACUGAUGUGAUCAUAUCAAAAGAAAACUUUACUCUUGUUUGUAAAACAUAAUAUA